UGGCGUGUCUAAGCACCAAAAAGUCAACACAUCGCGCUGGCGUUGUUCUAGGAUGACAACUUACUGUACGAGCAACGAACUUCGCUAGCGCUGUCACUAGCGCCACCCAUGACGCUUCCGUCUCGGUCACGGUGGAACCAAACUCUCUUCACCUUCUUGUCUCGCUGAUACCCCAGCGACGGACGUGAUCAACGACCGCCAAUCUUUAGCUACACCCACAUCAUUGAAUGGGGUUGCGUCUCCACGCAAGUCUACACACAUUCGUGCAAUACAAUGGAAAGAACGUCCCGGAGUUCGCAGAAAGAGCGCAAUAGGCUGAGGUAAAGAUGUUCGUCCGACUCAGGUGGGCAUUUUAGUUCACGAGCGCGUCGUGAGGUUAUCUGGGUUCUUUAUGCGCUCGAUUAUCCAAAGCCCAAACUUGCUUGCAGGCUGCGGUCAUAGCCAUGCGGCUGCGCGAACGCACCAUGGUCUCACCAGCCUCUACUACGAUGCCUUUGCGGCCAGGACCACCGAUAACGUACAUAUCGCGUAUGCAGAUCGAGCAGAGAGAUGCGUAUCAGGGUUCAUCUGGUGAUGCACAAUUGGGUUGCGUGAGGCUAGAACUCACCUUUGCAUGCAGCCCAUCUGCAAACCCCUCUCUUACAUGUUAUCAGCCGAGCUAUGCUGCAGAAGACAUACUGCUGACAGACAUAUUGCAAUAUUGCUGCGGCUGUGCUAUGGAUACUUAUCCCAACUUCGAGGAGCCCACCUGCAGGUUACACUUGACCGAUUCUCCUCUGCGCAAGAUGCAAUCAAUCGAGAUGGAGUCACCACGCGACUCGAUGGUGAGCCAUCGCUCAAACCAAUCCACAGCUUUCGAUCUUUCAGCUCCACCUAGUCCGAAAGACAAGCUGGGUGGGCAUGGGGAGCGAAGAGCAUUCUCGGAGGUUGCAGCCUCAAAACCACAAAGUGCAUUGACUGAGGAUACUCCAAAUCCAGGACCCCUUGCCGAACAGACACAGCCCGCGCAUGAUCGACCCGGCUGGCCACGUCUUGCGGAGGUCAUGUCGCAGGUACCGGAGUUCGCAGCUUUCCCACGCUUUCGAGAACUAAACGUUAAAAACCUCCUUUACUACCAAGUUGAGCUGGAGCUUUUGCGUCAGCAGAUUGAGAGAGAGGAGGAGGAGGAAAUGCUCAAUGUUGAACGUUACGAUAGGAUCGUGAAGGGAGCCAGCACCGAAUACCAUAAGCUACUCAUCAAGCUGAGAAUCUUAUUAAGAGAGUACAAUGAGGCACUUCUGCAACUAUCACAAGUUUCUGCACUCUCAGAUCCUGAAGAAUACAACAUGCGGUCUCUUCGAAACUGGCUUUCUGAUGCCAAAGGCGGCGAUGGCGCCAUUCGGGACGUGAACGGCACAGUGGAGACUUAUGGCGACAGAGAUGACAUUCACCACACAAGUGAUUACCGUACGGUCCUCAGUGCUUUGCUAUGGGCGAAACCACCACCAAAGGGAGACUUUGACCUCGUAGUCACCCACCCAGAAGCCAAGAUUGAUGGGCUUACCAAGUGGACGGUAUACUAUCUGUACCCUUACUGGUGGUCGAUCAGAGAUCGCUGGCGGGGAAAAUUUGACGAAGAAGCACAGCGCAGAAAACUGAAUGAUAAGAAACAUCCAGAGGAACGUAACACAGUGGAGCGAAAAUCAGAAGGCGCCGCACUGCGCUUGACUUCAAGUUUGUCGACUAUUGUCGCCUGCUUGAUCCCUGUCGUCGCCAUCGUGGUGCUGAAGCAGCUCUCUCGCACCCGCGACCUUUUACUCUGUAUUACUGGCUUCGCGAUAUUCUUCGCUGCAGGUCUUAUCUUCCUUACUCAAGGGACGAGCUCAAGAACGGAGAUCUUUGCUGCCACUGCUGCAUUUUCAGCUGUGAUGGUUGUCUUCAUAUCACAGCCAAUCAUCCAGGUACCGCUGGGUAGCGAGGUCUGAAAGUAAGGUGAAUGUAAGACUGCAUCGCCAGAGCCAUCGUGUCGGAAUCUUCACGUCGCUUGACAUCCCGAUACCCCGCUGCGACCGAUAUCUACCUCCAGGACCCUCAUUUCACAUGGUCAGAAACUUCAGGUUGCAAUUGAAUGUAAGCACCAGCGGUAACUGUAGGAGCACAUAGUCAUCUAGCAAAGCUGAAAGGAUGUUAGAAGUACUUCAACCCACGUGUAGCAGAUAUAUAAUCUUUCAAUCAUGAAGCCAAGCAUUUAAGUCGCCUUGAGCAGUCAAACCCCCAUAGGAUCCCUCGUGGGCCUCCAGGCUACGACAUCGGGCGCGGAAGAUUGCUACAAUGGAUUUUUGCCCCUGACAAGUCUGUUGUUGUGUGCUGCAGGUCCCUCACCUACCAACCAAGACGCGGUAACCUCAC